AUGUCGGAAGCACUACAUCAGGCCUGUGAUGCAUGCCGUAUCCGCAAGCACCGGUGCAAAGAUCCGUCGGCACAGCUCAGACUCGGACCUAAAGGGCAUAAGCAUGGGGGAGACUUGCUAGAGCACAGCAACAUUUCUCCAACUACACUUUAUAUCGACUCGUUAUUAGCCGAUCGGCCGGCUUCGCGCAUUUCCGGCAGCGCCAAACGCCCAGAUCAAUUGACGGCUAUAUUUGGCCCGAACCACAAUAUCUCUUUCUUCCCGGCAAAAAGAGUUCGCUCUAUCAGCGAAAGGCUCGGGCAUAACAGGUUAGAACAGCUGCUCGCAGAUAUUCGAGAUAUUGUUGCUGCCAAGGUGCAGACAAAGAUCUCAAAGAUUUCAAUUCACACCAUCCUCACGACUUUCCUCAUCCCGAGUCCCUCGGCGCGCACAUACUCGAACUCCGCUGAAGUACUAUACCAGGCUAUAUUCUCCUCGACUGCGUGCGCCUUUCAAUUUGACUCCUUGAUUAUCUCGCAAGCUGCAAUUAUGGCGCAGGACUUGGGCUAUAAUCGGUCUAAUGGUGCACAUGAAGUUUCGCAAAGGCGCACCUUUUGGGUGUUGUACUUCAUGGAAAAGGUCUCUUGUUUUACAACAGGAAAGGUCUCGGUCCUGCAAGACUCAAAUAUCAGUUGCGCUAUUCCAGAUGUACAAGAAUCUACCUUUGAUGACUAUGAUUGGUUUUUCGGCUUUCUGCGAUACGCCCGCCUGGUGUCCAAGAUUCGCAAUGACUUCUUACAAAUAACUUCACUAAGCCAAUCAGCUUCUGAAUAUAUUACCAAGGGACAAGGCCUUCUAAAAGAGUUGGAAUCUUGGCGUCUUUCUAUCCCGGAGCGCUUUCGUGCCGGAGUGUCGCUCAAAACUCGUCUAUUGCGAGAACCACUCGCUCAGCGAGUCGCCCUCAUGACACAUUACAUGUACUUUCACGCACUGCUCACUUUAUCUUGGAGCCUUUUGCAUUCCAGUGCAAUCAAGGUGGGCCCCAUGCAAGAGCAGCUUGAUCUGAAACGCAGUAUGAUGCGAACUGCACGCUCUGUUUUGGAACUUACUAAGUUCAUUGAGGUUGCUCCCUCAACUCCAGUCUGGAUUCUGGCAGUUUUGCCAUUGUCAUGUCUGAUGAUUCUCUUUGAUCUGGUGGUUCAUAACCCGGAUCACCCUGAGGUCAGCCUCAGUCUUGCACUCCUCGAUAUUGCCGGUGGGCAUUUCAGCCGACUAGAAUUCGCCAGCAAUGGCACUUUGCCUGGCUCAUUAGUCGCCCAGUUCGCACACCUCGCACGCCAGUAUAUCUCUGAGAAGAGGGUGUGCAAACAGAAAUUUAUCAGCUUAAGCAUUCCUGAUUCCUCAAAUCCUGUGCAAUUCGAGGUUCUUGGUGGACCAACAGACUCGGAAAUGCUGCCAUCCUCUUCACGUUUAUCUGCGAUUGAUGUAACAACAUCGAAUCAGCCAGCCGAGGCGCUGUCCGGUCUACAUGAGCAGCUGCCGCUCAAUUCCACAGCGACAUCAACGUGGAAUUCAAAUUUUCUGAGUGAAAGUGAUGCAUUGUUCAUUCCUUUCAUCGAUGAUCCAAGCUAUCGUAAUGAGGAUCUGGAAUUGCUAGGAACCGACCUGAAGGAUUUGUUUGAUUAUUCAUGUGCAAGAUGGUAA